CAGAAGCUGCUUUUGUUUAUUAUUGUGACAACGAAACUGUGAAUGGCAUUGAAUUUCCUUUUAUCCCUGAAACUAACGGUGUACCGUUAGUAUGUGAUAUGUCGUCCAACAUAAUGACUAGAAAGUUUAAUGUUAGCAAGUUUGGUAUUGUGUUUGCAUGUGCUCAAAAAAAUUUAGGACCUGCUGGUAUCACUGUGAUAAUAAUCCGCGAUGAUUUAAUUGGACAUCCUAGUCCUAUUUGCCCUAUGGUAUUCAAUUAUACACUAUUUGCUCAUGAUGAUUCCUUAGUUAAUACACCACCUACGUUUAUUGUAUACAUGCUGUCGUUGGUAUUGAAAUGGAUUAAAGAACAAGGAGGAGUUGGUAGUAUGGAAGAACAAUCAAAAACUAAAAGCCAACUUUUGUACAAAACCAUCGAAGACUCUAAGGGAUUUUAUUCUUGUCCUAUUGAUAGUGCAUAUAGGAGUCGUGUGACAGUUCCUUUCCGGUUGUCUACCGGACCUGAAGCUGAUAAGCAGUUUUUGAAAGAAUCCCAAGAUAUUGGAUUUUUACAACUCAAAGGUCAUAGGUUAGUAGGAGGAAUUCGAGCCGCUAUGUACAAUGCAAUGACACUAGAUGAAGUAAAGGUUUUGACCGACUUCAUGAUUAAGUUCCAGGAACGACACCCCCAAUUUCAGCCCUGACUAGGUUUUCAUAAAAAAUCAAUUAGAUGAAUAAAAAUAUCUUUUUUAAUAGUCAUGUUUGUUUCUUAAAUCAUUUAACUUUGCAAUUUCAAGUGUACUACAACAAAGUUAUUUCUGUCAAAUUUUGUAUUUUAUUUAUGGGACAAUCCACGAAAUUCUAAAAAUGUACAAUUUUUCUCUAAAUAUUUUAUCUGUAUAAUAUCUUUAACGAAAUUUAUUUAUGUUCGCGUUUUAUAAGAAACUAUAUGGACUAAACUAUAUAAACGCGAGAUUUUUUAUAGAUUGGUUGUGAACAAAUAUGGUUUUGUUAAGAAUUACACAAAACAAUUAGAAAAACAGUAAAAAUAAAUUUUAAAAUAAUUUCAUAUAAUAAGUAUGCCUUAUUUAAGUAAGUUAUAGAGAUAAAUCGAUGUAAUGGAUAAAUAGAGGUUAGACAUUUGAAUAAGUCACCUUGGAUGUUGUCUUGGCUUUGGCUUUGUACCUCUGAAGUUAAAAUACUAAUUCAUUAUUUGACUACGUCAAGUACUUUUUAAGCAAAUUUAAUUAAAUCUUUCAUUCAAUGUAUAAAUAAACCAUUGUAACUUUUGUUAUUUUAGUAUCAUUAUAUGUAUGUUUGAUUAUUUAAAACUUUAAAUUCUUAAAAUACAAAUAAUAGUCAUUUUUAAAAAUCA